AUAGUAAUUUACUCUUUCUCUCCUCAGGAAAUACACAUAAAGGAAGCCAUAGAAAAGGAAGUAAAUCCUUGCCUCUUACCAGGAGAACUGCUGCUUUGUGAGGCAAACACAGUAUACAAGUAUAUACAAGAAGAUGGAUCAAAUCGUGGUACCUGUGGGAAGCUUAUCUGCACAAACUUCAAGAUUGCUUUCCUUGAUGAUGAUUCUGCUUCAGAUGAUAAUGAGCCACAAUUUAAGAAUAAGAUUGUGGGAGAAAAUGACAUAACCCUGCAAUGUGUAGAUCAAAUCUAUGGAGUUUAUGAUGAGAAAAAGAAACUUCUAACUGGACAACUGAGGAAAUACCCAGAGAAGCUAAUUAUCUACUGUAAAGACCUUAGAGUAUUUAAUUUCUGUCUGAGAUACACAAAAGAAGAGGAAGUGAAAAGAAUCGUCAGUGGUAUAAUUCAUCAUAGCCAGACUCCUAAGCUGCUUAAACGGUUGUUUCUGUUCUCUUAUGCAUUAGCUGCCCCAUACAACACAGACAGGAGAAACCAAACUGUGAUGUUUGAUACCCUUGAGGACUGGCGUAGUGAGCUGGAGCGGACCAAAGGGAAUGUGAAAUACAAAGCAGUGACUACCAAUGAAGGCUACAGAGUCUCCGAAAAGCUGCCUUUGUAUUUUGUUGUUCCCAUAUGUGUUUCUGAAGAGAGUAUCUUGAAGUAUGAAGGCAGAGGCAUCCCUAUUUGGUGUUGGUCUUGCCAUAAUGGUGCUGCUCUUCUCAAAAUGUCUGCAUUUCCCAAGGAACAGGAUGACAGCACUUCACAAACACAAAAAGCCUUCUUGGAUGGAAUCUAUAAGACAAUUAACAAACCUCCCUACGAACUCCUGAAGACAGAUGACUUGUCAAGCAGCCUUCCGUCUCUGCAAGACAUCCAGACUGCGUACACAAGAUUUAAGCAGCUGUUUUUGAUAGAUAACAGUGCAGAUUUCUGGGCAACUGAUGUGAAAUGGUUUUCAUUGCUGGAGAGCACAAACUGGCUAGAGAUAAUCAGGCGAGUCUUGAAGAAAGCAAUAGAAGUUGCUGAGUGUCUGGAAAGACAGCAUACAAAUGUUCUCCUUAUAGAAGAGAGUGCUACUGAUCUGUGCUGUGUAAUCUCUACUCUGGUUCAAGUGAUGAUGGAUUCGUACAGCAGAACAAAGUCAGGGUUUCAGAGCCUUAUUCAGAAGGAAUGGGUAAUUGGAGGACAUGCCUUUUUGGAUCGUUGUAACCACUUACAUAAAAGUGACAAAGAGGAGGCUCCUGUUUUUCUGCUCCUGCUAAAUUGCGUUUGGCAGUUGGUACAACAGUAUCCUCCAGCAUUUGAGUUCACAGAAACUUACUUAACUGUUUUGUCAGACAGCCUCUAUGUGCCUAUUUUUAGCACUUUCUUCUUCAACUCCCAACAUCAAAAAGACACGGUAAGGAGUGGUGAAAGCCUCAAGACACAAAGGGGUCCUUUCAGAUUUCUUACUGUGUGGGACUGGUAUGUGCAGUUUGAUCUCAAGGCCCAGGCUUUCCUGAGCAACCCUCUUUAUGCAGAGAAGCCAAAACUAGAAAAAAGUCAACGGAAAACUGCACGAUUCAAACAUCAACGACAACUUUCUUUGCCAUUGACACAAACAAAAUCUUCUGCGAAGAGAGGAUUUUUCAGGGAGGAAACAGAUCAUUUAAUUAAAAACAUUCUGGGUAAAAGAAUUGGCAAGUUCAUAAACUCUUCAGAUGAAUGUCCUAACAGCUUCAAGGAAUUUUAUGAUAGCUGGCAUAGUAAACCUGUUGACUAUCAUGGUCUUCUGUUACCUCGCAUUGAUGGCCCUGAAAUCAAAGUCUGGGCACAACGGUAUUUACGAUGGAUUCCUGAAGCCCAGCUUCAUGGUGGUGGUACAAUAGCUACAGCUGCCAAGAUCUUGGACUUGAUGGAGGAAGUGCAAAGCUUGCAGGUAAAAAUGGAUGAGGAACGCAGUCAAGCUGUUUCCAGAGAUGUACAUUCUGUUCCAGUGCUGAGAAAUUCUGCACGUUUGUCAUCCUUGUUUCCAUUUGCUUUACUUCAGAGACAGUCUGUCAAACCAGCUUUACCCACUAGCACCUGGAAGGACUUGGAAGAUGAAGAUGACUUGGUCAAGAGGGAUGAUGAGUUUGUUGAUCUGAGUGGUGAUAUGUCAUAAAGUGUAUACCAAUUAGAGUAUGAAUUGUAUACAGCUAAAUGCUGAGUUAUAAAUGAUGUGCUGUAUCAUCGUAUAAGGAACUCACUCAAGCAUCUGCAGCCUGUUUAAAGAGUGCAUGGGGAUAAAG